AUGCACACAAUUUUCCUGACCGGCGGCAUCGCGUCGGGCACGUCGGCCGUCAGCGAGGUGUUCCAAGAGCGCGGGAUCCCUGUAAUCGAUGCGGACGUGAUCGCGAGAAAAGUCGUAAAACCGGGCACCUCAGCGCACGCCCGAUUACGCGCCGAGUUCGGGCCCGCCUUUUUCGACGCGCACGGCAAUCUGUUGCGCAAAAAGUUGGCCGACGUGGUUUUCGAGGAUGUUGAGAAACGACGCCGCCUCAACGCCAUCACGCACCCGGCGGUGCGAUGGGAGAUCGCGAAACAGUACCUCCAAGCCCUAUUCCAAGGCGCAAACCUCUGCCUGCUCGACAUUCCGCUGCUUUUCGAGUCGGACGUGUGGAAAUGGUGGCCGCUGUCCACAGUAUGCCUCGUACAUUGCAGCCCCGGGCAGCAAAUGGAGCGGCUGAUGGCGCGCGACGGGUGCACGAGAGAGCAAGCCGGGGCUCGCAUUAAUGCGCAGAUGCCAAUCGAAGAGCAAAAACUUCGCGCCGAGCUGCUCAUCGACAAUUCAGGGCGCCGCGAGGAGCUCGUCGAAAAAGCGGUUACGAUAAUCGAUCGAUACGAGCGUAGCCUGGUGCCAUUCUACGUCCGCGGCGUCUUCUUCCUGCUGCUCCUCACCCCGGUGUGGUAUUUCUUGAAUUUAAAAAUCCUCUGCCUGCUCAAUUUUGUCAUAUUUCUGUUG